UUAUGUUGAACUAAUGGUCACGUGACGACGAACCGGUAAGGUUUUCUAUCGCAAUGGCGACAAACAGUGAAGUGAGUGAGAUCGAAGCGCUUCCCGAUGACGAAUUUACAUUUUCAGAUUCGCUUAUUUCAACUAUUGAUUUUGUUUUUGAUGAUGAAAGUCUUCCUACCACAUUCAUUUUGGACGAUGAUGUUAUUGAACUGAUUGGUGCGCAAGAAUUUCCUUGCAAUUUGAGUCAACGAAUCUGCCGAUCAAAAAGUGGCCUAGAAGUUCACAUUGAGAGGAAUCAUUAUUCUUUACCAAAAGAGCCAUUUCUCAAGGCUGAAGACUUUGUUGUCAUUGCUAGAGAAAUUAAGGAGAAUGCAUUGAAGGAAAAUAUGUACAGUGCGGAAUUAAUUGAAAGACUGCCAAGUGAAGUUCCCCUACGGCUCCAGUCGUUCAUAAACAAUUUGUUGUCACAUUACAAGAACGACCAUGAUAGCUUCUAUACAAAAUAUUCAACGAUUUUUGUGAAAACGCUCGAAUUUUUCCCUGAUAGAAGUGUGGAAGAAACAAACUUAUUCCUUUUAAAGUUAGCGACAGCCGUGCUGUAUCACGUAAAGAAGGGAAUGCUCGGUGAUGUGGAGAAUUCGUGUGACAAGGGCCUAAGACAGGAAGAGCGGGAUCCGUUGGCCUAUGUUGCCGGUUCAGUUCUCAGCCAGAUUUAUAAAAAGGCUGUUUUUCACAAGAGAAAAAGCCCGUGGCAAGAAGAAAUCAAAUCUCUUUUUGCCAAAACUUUAUCUGUGGAAACUUCCCACAAUGCCUUCAUUGCAAGCAUGGACAGGGGCGGUUUGUGGGCACCUUCAACAAAGCUGAUGGGAAUCAUUGAAAUAGUGGAGAAUACAUUCAGAAGGCUGACCAAAUCCACACCAAGGUCCAUCCCUAUUGAUGAUAUAACGAAAUCUUGCCUUUGCCACCCAUCUGUCAUCUCAAUUUGGAAUUCUAUCAUGUUGGACCAUGAUGAAAACCAAAUAAGCACUGAAUGCAGUGAUCUUUGUUUACAAAUGAUAAUCAAAUUGUUUGUAAGAAUUAGAGGUUUUUCCCACACCAAAGACAUUUGGAAAAGACAUCUGGCUCAACAACCCCUUGAGAAAAAACAAAAGGCACUGAGGAAAACACUGAAGAAAAAGGCAGAGGAAAGCCAACAGAAAUAA